CAAUGUCAAGUCUUAACCUUUACUCUUGAAAGACUAGCACAGCGGAUAUUGGCACGCAUCAUCGCCGCACCCACUCUUAUAAUAGUCACUCUUUACAUUUACUUCUGCCACCUUGUUACUAUUUACAGUACCUACUGCUGUGCCUCCUGUGCCGCAAAGCACUGUUCAUUUACCCAUCUGAAGUCACAUUUUGCCCGUCGCAUGAAACACCUCCUCUCAAAUCUACGAUCGAAUCUGAAAGUUGCAAGUUAGACAGCCCAAGAUGGGGAGUAAAGUACCAUAUCUACCGGCAGAAUUGGUCUCCCAUAUCCUAAAGCGCUGCACGCCGUCCACCCUCGCAGCCGCAGCGCGGUGCUCUCGGCAAUACAACAAUAUCGCUACGCCACUUCUUUAUGAAUACAUCGAUUUCGAUGACGAAUUAGAUGACGAAUUAGAUGACUACGAAGAAGAACCCGAGAAGGCACCCGAGAAGGCACCACUUAUGGCACUGGCAAUUCUGUUCUCAAGCAAACCUCACCUUGCGGCAUACGUGCGACAUCUCAGUGUGCGUCCUAAAUAUGGGUGGCCCAGGAGACUCAAGGACACCGACAGCAGUAGUGGCAGCAGUAGUGACGAUUAUUCCAUCGAUAUGCCCGAAAGAACUUGGGAGCUCGAAAAUCCUGGGGAGCUCGAGAGCACUGAUGAGCUAGGUAGUGCUGAGGAGCUCGAAAGUGCUGAGGAGCUCGAUCGUGCUGAGGAGCUUCACAUCAGUGAGGAGCUUGACAGGGAUGAGGAUUCCCUCUCCUCGUGGGAAUCUCCUGAGGGUUUCUACAGCGAUGACGACGAUCACAGUGACGGUCCAGAACAGUCACGACAGGUGGACAGCAUCCUCGAUUGUUGCGAUGAAGAGCGCGUGAAGCAAAUCAUGGAAGUCAAAAAUUACGAACUUCUACACGCGGUGCUACUGCCCACUUUUCCAAAUCUAGUAUCUCUAGAUGUAAUGGAUUCGGAGUACAACAAUCAUAUGGAUCGCAUGUUCAUACGUUUCGGAACUGGUGCCCAACACGGCUCGGCAUUCACGAAGUUGAAGUCGUUGUUCUGGUGUUAUCGAAUGAUGCCAUGUACGCCAGCAGGUGUCAUUAUUCCUCCAGCCAUAUUUGCAUUGCCUGUGAUCGAUAAAGUUUACCUUCACCAAGCUCGGGGAUGUGGCGCCUCGCAUGAGGAUGAGGAUGAGGAUGAGGAUGAUGCAUGGGACUAUAGGCGUGAUAGAGAAGCAGAGGAUUUUAGGCUGGCUAGACUUAGUCCGCGCUCUUCGACAUGCACCCAUCUCGAGCUUAGAGAUUGCCGAUUCAACAAAAAGGAUCUGUUGAAGAUAAUCUGCAUCCCAAAAUCUCUGAGGGUUUUUGUUUAUGAAUUAGGCCCAUGGCAGCUCGGCUCAGUCAGCUUCUCUACGAUAAGGGAAGGGCUCGAGUUUCAGAAGGAUACGCUGGAAGAGUUCUGCUUAGACUAUUGUCACAAUGGUGUUGGGGCAUGGCGAUGGUUGGAAGAAGACUGCCCCGCCCGAUCUAUGGUUUUAGACGAUUUCCCAAGACUGACACGCUUGAAAAUUGCAUCAGGCUUUGUCAUCGGGAUAGAUCUACGCCAGCCGUCUGGCCAUACGGACUUAUGGCAUCGACGUCUCCGGCAAUAUCUUCCGAGAUCGAUCGAAAGACUACAGCUUACGCACUGUGAGGUGCUGGAUAACAUUCAGAUAUUGAUACUCCUUGAUGCUCUGACAGAUGUCCUCAUUGAAAAGGCGAGGCUUGCUCCAAGGCUUUAUGAAAUCACCCUAGAGGUCACGGCUAGCAUAGUCAAAGAGCAACUUCCAUUUUUGGAACAACUCAUACGAAAGGCAGCCGACGCUGGUACGGAUAUAGUGCUUCUCAACAAUUUCAAGGACAGUGCAGACAAGGGUCGCAGUCGAAAAGUUGAGAGGAAAUGGGGCUUUGAUGAGAAUAUAGAGCGGACAGACUGUGGCGACAACGAAGCCUACAAACCAAUCUACGAAAAAAUUGUAGUGCAAACAAGCGCCCCUGAAAUUUCUUAGGUGCAAUUUUGCAAGCUAGGGGUCUUUCCAAAUUGACAGAAGAAUGAAAUUUGCGUCGAAGUCCAGUUCAGAGGGAUGGCAUAUGCGCCGGGAAUUGUGACACGAUAGAGGCCAAAAUACCUCAGUUCAGCCCCCAGAUGCACAUCGUUCGGUAGCAAUAUCGAUACUUACUUGACACUUGUGUGCAUAGGAGCUGAGGAUCUCGAAGCAUGUAAACAAUAUCGUGUAUCACCAGUGUCUCUCAUUUCCAACUGUACUAAAGCA